GAAGCGAAGUUCAGAUCACCUGCGAUGCCUCCUACCUCGCCCUAAAAGUCCGGCUUCAUCUGCCAGCGAGAGCAGACGCACCUUGGCUCCCCAAGACAGGCUCAGGCGAUACCAUGACCCCCUCGAGACUUCUGCUCCUUCUGCUGGUUCUGUCCACAGCUAAGAUGGGCCUGUCCUUCAAGAUGUACAAUGCUGAGUCCCUCUUCAGCUGCCUCAGCUCUGCCCUCUCCCAGGCUAAGCAGGACCUCCUUGGUGAGAACUCUGCCCUGGAGAAGAGGACCUUCGUGAUCCCUCUGGAGGGUGAAGACACCGCCUCCUUUGAGGACAUCAAGGCAGAGAAGGAGAAAAGGACAUUCCCGGCCGUCACCCGCUACGUAUCCCUCGCCCAGGCGAAAGGGAAGACAUCCCACAGCCAAGCCAAGAACGACCGACGCGCCAAGUUCACUCUUUCCUUGGAUGUCCCAACCAACCUCAUGAACAUCCUCUUUAACAUCGCCAAGGCCAAGAACCUACGGGCAAAAGCUGCCAGUAACGCUCAACUGAUGGCACAGGUUGGCCGGAGAAAGUGAUGGGAGGGUCAGAAGAGCUAGCAAGGGAGCGGCCCUCCGCCCAGCCUCCAGAUCUUCAGAGAUGAGACUGUCCACUGUUCUCUGUCAUACAAAAGUGGUCUAUUCUCCAGCUCUUGAAGCUACACAACCUUCAUUCUUUCUUUCUCUCCCUGUCCUUCCUUCUCUCUCAUUGUUCUUCUCAGUUCCCCAACGAACUUCUGCUAAGUGGAACUUAGGGUUCUUACCAAAAAUGUAAGGGGAAAAGGUUGCUUGCUUUACAUGAUGCAGGUCCCAA